UCAUGGCAAUCAUUGCAAUUUGCAAAUUUGAUCAAUUCCACGAGCCACAACUAAAUACUACACUUGCUCCUAGGUCGUUAAGCCAUAAUAAUAGCCACCCCCUCCUUUCACUUCUUUCUUCAUAAAUAUUGUUUCAAUUGUUUCCAAGCAUUAGAGUAUUUUUUCCAAAGAACAAAGAGAAGAUAAGACAAUGAGUACGGCAAGGUUUAUCAAGUGUGUAACAGUUGGAGAUGGUGCUGUGGGAAAGACAUGCAUGCUUAUAUCCUAUACCAGCAAUACCUUUCCCACGGAUUAUGUUCCAACAGUGUUUGACAAUUUCAGUGCUAAUGUAACGGUGGAUGGUAGUACUGUUAAUCUUGGUUUAUGGGACACUGCAGGACAAGAAGAUUACAACAGGCUAAGGCCUUUAAGCUAUAGAGGAGCUGAUGUGUUUUUGUUGUGCUAUUCUCUCAUCAGCAAAGCCAGUUAUGAGAACAUCUCCAAAAAGUGGAUACCUGAGCUAAGACAUUAUGCUCCAAAUGUGCCUAUAGUGCUGGUGGGAACAAAACUAGAUUUGCGAGAUAACAAGCAAUUUCUGAUUGAUCAUCCGGGAUCCGCACGAAUAACAACUGCUCAGGGUGAAGAAUUGAAGAAAAUGAUUGGUGCAGUCACUUAUAUUGAGUGCAGCUCCAAAACACAGCUGAAUGUGAAGACAGUUUUUGAUGCUGCAAUAAAGGUUGCAUUGAAGCCACCAAAGCCAAAGAAGAAACCACGCAAGAAAAGGACCUGUACUUUCCUCUGAUAUUUCAUAUUCAGUUUUCUUUCACCCCAAAUCAUUUAUAGAACAGAAGUGAAGUCCAGUAUUUUUAGUUUUUUUGUGAUCUAUAUAUAUAAAGAGCCUAUGGAUUUAUGGAUAAUUUCUGUUAAGAACAUUAGAUUCCUCUCAAAUUGUAAACGAUAAGUGUUGCAUUGGUCAGUUAAUUAUUUUAUUUUGCAGUGUCCAGUUGCGGCUAUGCAUUUCAAUAAUUUUAGUUCAGAAAGAGGCCUCCUAUUUGAAAAUUGGGGAUCCCCUUUUGCGAUUCCUCA